GGUGCCUGGACUGGCGGCUUCUCGCCCUCUCACCUUGCCCUGGGACCUCUUGCUAAAAAGCUGGGGACCUCACCCCAGCUUUUUCACCUCUUCCUUUGCUACCCCACGGGUGCCUUCCUGAGCCCCCGACAGGCUUGGAUCCCGCAUUGGUUCCACACGCUUAGGGCAUGAUGGACGUUUCCUUCUAGCACAGUCCAGGACCCUCUGUUCAUUUGUGUCAUUAUCUGCUGGGCGACUGUCCCCCUUUCGGAUCGUAAGCACCAAGAGGGCCGGACCCUGUCUGCCCGCUGUGCGUCCCCAGUGCCCACCGCGCGCCUGGCAGGUGCACAAAUGAGUGAAAGAGCUUGUGAAUGAAUGAGCAUCUGCCUGGAGUACAGGCCCGGCCCCGCCGCCUCCCGGGGACCCCCGCGGUGUCCGCCGCUUCCCCGCUCGACGCCGGAAGCGGCCUGGCCGGCCCCCUCCCCGCAGCGCCCGCCGCCUUAUCUCGGCGCCUUGGGGCCGCAGGAGGAGUCGCGGGCGCGCCGGGAGGGACGCGGCAGCGGCGGCAUGGGCCGGGGGCCCCGGGGCGCGGGCCGCCCGCCUCGCCGCCUGCUGCCGCUCCUGCUGCUGCUCGGCCUGGCCCGCUGCGCGACCGGAGCGCCGGGGACGGACGGUUUAGACAUCUGUGCCACUUGUCAUGAACACGCUACCUGCAAACAAAGAGAAGGGAAGAAGAUGUGUAUUUGCAAGUAUGGAUUUGUGGGCAACGGGAGGAUUAAAUGUGUCGAUAAAAAUGAGUGCCAGUUUGGGGCCACUGUGGUCUGUGGGAACCACACAUCUUGCCACAACACACCUGGAGGCUUUUAUUGCAUUUGCCUAGAAGGAUAUCGAGCCACAAACAACAACAAGACAUUCAUUCCCAAUGAUGGCACCUUUUGCACAGACAUAGAUGAGUGUGAGGUUUCCGGCCUGUGUAGGCAAGGAGGGCGGUGUGUGAACACUCAUGGAAGCUUUGAAUGCUACUGUAUGGAUGGAUACUUGCCAAAGAGUGGGCCUGAGCCUUUCCACCCAACCAGAGAUGCCACAUCAUGCACAGGUGGGUUUCUGCCAAAGAAGGCAACCUGGGAAGAAAUAGACUGUGGUACCCCUCCUGAGGUCCCAGAUGGCUAUAUCAUAGGCAAUUAUACCUCUAGGCUUGGCAGCCAGGUUCGUUAUGCUUGCAAAGAAGGAUUUUUCAGUGGCCCGGAAGAUACAGUUUCAAGCUGCACAGCCGUGGGCACAUGGGAGUCCCCAAAAUUAAGCUGCCAAGAGAUCAACUGUGGCCGCCCUCCGGAAAUGCAACAUGCAGUCCUGGUGGGGAAUCACAGCUCCGGCCUCGGCAGUGUGGCUCACUAUGUCUGUCAAGAGGGCUUUGAGAGCCCUGGAGGAAAGAUCACUUCCAUUUGCACAGAGAAAGGCACCUGGAAAGAAAGUACUUUGACAUGCACAGAAAUAAUUACAGAAAUUAAUGAUGUAUCAGUGUUUAAUAACACCUGUGUGAGGUGGGAAAUAAACCCAGGAAGAAGAAACAACCAGGUCAUAUAUGUGAUACACAUAAAGGGACACCGGGCAGACCAGAUGGAAUCAGUUCAUGAGGAGACAGUCAACCUGACCACAGACAACAGGACCCCAGAAGUGUGCCUCGAUCUGUACCAAGGCACCAACUACACCGUGAGCAUUUCCACCGCCCCUCCCGGACGCUCUGUGCCAGCCAUCAUUGGGUUCCAAACAGCUGAAGAUGAUCUCUUAGAAGAUGAUGGAAUUUUCAAUAUUUCAAUAUUUAACGAAGCUUGUUUGAAAUUGAACAGGCAUUCUAGGAAAGUUGGAUCAGAACAGAUGUACCAAGUUCAAGUUUUAGGUCAAAGGUGGUAUCUGAAUGAUUUUUAUCACGCAGCAUCAUUUAACUUCACGACGCGGGAACAAACUUCAGUAGUGUGUUUAGAUCUGUACCCGGCAACGGAUUACACAGUGAAUAUCACCCUCCUGGGAUCUCCUGAGCAUCACUCUGAGCAAAUAAGGAUAACAACUGCACUGGCAGUAGAACAGAUUAUUGGUAACAUUUCAGUAUUUAAUGAAACCUGCUUAAGAUGGAGAAGUACGAAGACCGCUGGUGUAGAGGAGAUGUAUUUAUUGCACAUUCGGGGCCUGAGAUGGUAUCAAAAGGAAUUUGCCCAGGAAAUGAUCUUUAACAUCACUACCAGCAGCCAGGCUCCUGAGAUGUGCUUGGACCUGCGUCCGGGUACCAACUACAGUGUCAGUGUCCAGGCUUUGUCUUCUGUACUUCCCGUGGUCAUCUCCCUGACAACCCAGAUAACAGAGCCUCCCCUUCCGGAAGUAGACUUUCUCUCAGUACAUGGAGGGCCUCUACCACGCCUAAAACUGAGGAAAGCCAAGGAGAAAAAUGGACCGAUCAGUUCAUAUCAGGUGUUAGUGGUUCCCCUGGCCCUCCAAAGCACAUUUUCUUGUGAUUCUGAAGGGGCUACCUCAUUCUUUAGCAACACUUCUGAUGCUGAUGGAUAUGUGGCUGCAGAACUACUGGCCAAAGAUGUCCCCAAUGAUGCCAUGGAGAUAGCUGUUGGAGACAGGCUGUAUUACGGGAAAUACUAUAAUGCACCCUUGAAAACAGGAAAUGAUUAUUGCAUCAUAUUACGAAUCACAAGUGAAUGGAAUAAGGUGAGAAGAUGCUCCUGUGCGGUUUGGGCUCAGGUGAAAGAUUCGUCGCUCACGCUGCAGCAGAUGGUGGGCGUUGGGCUGGCCUCCAUGGCUGUCGUGAUUGUGCUCGCGUUCCUCUCCUUCCUAGCAGUGUGAUUGCAGAUGGGCGCUACGUGGGGACGAGGCACUGCUGCUGGGGCAGGUGUUAGCACAGCUCCUCGAGUGCCGGCACAGAGGCCCCAUGUGGCUUCCAUCCAGGUGUGUGUGUGCCUCCCAAAUUUCUCCAUUGCCCGCUUGGCCCCAUUCCUGGAUUCAAGAUGGUGACUAUUGCUGUGGAGUCCCCCAAAAGGAGGAAACUAAGGAAUUGCUGUCUUCCCUGCUACACGACCAGUUCUGUGUCUAUGAACUUGAGACCCUUGAUAUACAACGUAAUAUUCACCACAGGCUACAGAUCAUGUGGGCAGUGCCUGCCUCUUCCUCUGAGUGAUGCCUGAGAGUCGGCUCCCCUAGACAUUGAAUGCGAGAAAGUCUGCGUCUUCCUCUAUAACAUCUCUGAUAAUUUAUUAAGAAUCCAUUCUUUUACAGUAAGCAAUGAGAUGGGCUUAAGUUUGGGCUAAAAUUUGACUUUCUGAAGGAGAUCAUUGAAAAGCAUAGAGAACAUCGACAUGAGCCAACUUGUCAAACACUUUAGAAGCAGUUCUUUUCCUAGAAUUAAUUGACAUCUAAUUAGAAAGUAUACUAGCCUGGCCACGCCAGUAAGUUCCCUGCAAUGUCUGUUUGAUACAGCUCCAUUUGUCUUCUAUGUAAUGUAUUCAAAACCAUAAGUCUUCAUUCCAGUAGAAAUAGUCUGUGAAUUUAGACAGUUCUUUUCUUGCAUAUGAAUGUUCAUAGCAGCCUUGGUUGAUUUUUGUUAUUAGUGAGGGUCUCGUAAAAAUGCUCUGCACCUCCCUUUAGAUUCAGUGGCCAUGUAGCAACAAUGGGUUGAAAGAGUAUCAAGCCCAUGGCCAGAGUCAGUGUGUUCGCAGGGAAGGGGGAACAAUGUGGGUGCCGUGAUCAUUCCUUUUAUCUACAGCCUCAAUAACCAUGACUAACCUUAUCAUGAACCAUGACACAUUAGAUAGAAGCAGUCCUGGGCCUACCCUCAAUAUGCUGAAUUGACAGAUGCAGUGUAGGACCUUUGACUUUUAUGGCCUGAAUGAGUAUUCUUUAACUUUCCUCCCCAACUGACCGUGUAACGCCAAGGCUCAGUAAAACCCAAAUGGAGGAGAAAGACAGAGGCUUGUGCUUUCUCUAAGUAACCGCGGUCUCUCCUCCUCCUCCCUCCUUCCCGCCCUUUCCAGGCCUGAAGAGUAAAACGCGUGGGGGAGGAAAAGGAGGAUAGUUAUACUGCACAACCUCAGGGUGCAGCCUAUGUAACGUGGUCCUGAAAUAAUGCAAUGUUGCAGUCCUGAGAAAAAGGGACCACCUUUCCGACGUGGUGGGCUGCCCUGUUCUCCACCAGCUUACGGGGCAUGGAUGCGGGACAGAUUUGAGUAGGCUGCGCUUGCGGGCAGAUGAGGAGACAGUAGCAACUAUAGGAACAGAUGGAAAUGUCCAUGAAGUUGCUCUGCCCUGAGGGUUCCGGCCCGAAGUGUAUCCAUCACUUGGGAAGAGUCAGAGAAAGGGACGUAAUAUCCUGACACUUGGGUGUUCAAUGCCAGCUGUCAGCCCCCGGCCCUUGCCCAUAUCAGGCAGUGUGCACAAUAAUUGCGCUUUGUCCUCUGCAACUUAGAGUACAACUUCCAAUCAGCAUUUAGAACCCUUCUUGCUCUCAUCUCAGGUUGAAUUAUAGAGUAGAGCUCUCAGUGAACUAAUACAAAUAGUUUUCUAUUUCUCAUUUUUAUCUGCAGCCAUUCAAACUCAUACUAUUCUCACAGCUCUUGAAUUAAAUUCGGAAUCAUUACAAAUCACUGUGAUUACUAUAGGGUAGGGUCUCUGAUGAGUAAGGCUUUUCCUCAAAGCCUCCUCUAUCCAAAGAGAGAAUUUGAGCCUCCCCACCCUACUAUUAUUUUUUAUAAUUCUGUAAACACUAUACGUGUCUAUAGCCCCUCCCCACCCAAAUUCCAGCUCUAGAAUUAACUGCCAGAGAAGCUACAGUUGUCCACAUGGGAACUUAGCAUAAUUGUCUUUGAAAGGAAGAAAUCUCACUUGCUUAGCAUCAAAGUUUCUGGUUGAAAUAACUGACUAAACAUUAAGUAAAAUGUACUUCUGAGUAGGGUGCAGAAAUGUAAAAGCAGUUCAUGAGAGAGUACUGAAAUAGCAAAAAUAAGGACUUUGAAACGUCCUCCAAAUGUUCCAAACAAUAAUGGAGAGUUGCUCAGUGUUAAUCCUUAAAGAAGCAGGUGCUGAGUAUUUGCAAAAAGGAUGUGCCAUUUUUCUACAGUUCUUUUCUAAUAGUUUUCUGAUAAACAUGAAGACAGCUUUAAGUUUUCUAAAUUCACCUAGUAGCUUUACCACAAUACUGUUCUUUUUUUUUUUUCCCCCUCAAGUGGAUUCCUGGUUAAGGGGGAGGGGCCUCAGGAAAUUGAUAGGGGGUCUUCCUGGGAGAAUGUGGGGUCCUUCUGUUGAAGGACUAGUCAGGUAGCACCGAGUGGGGUUAUGAGUACCAGUAAAUAAAGCCAGAUCCUAAUGUGGAGAUGGAGGAGGGAUCUCCCCUAUUAGCUGUCUUGGGGACAGCGUGUAGAGGUGAGCACUGAUAUCCAUUCAUUGGCUUCCUUCUAGACCAAGACUCAAAACUGGGGGGAGGGAGGGUUCCCUGACAUGGAGCAGAUUGUUCCUGGCCUCUGUGUGUGUGUGUGUGUGUGUGUGUGUGUGUGUGUGUCCGUGCCCUCAUGUUUUUUAUUUAUCUGCGCCAUAGUUUUUGUUUAUACAUGUUCUUUCUUUCCAUCUUCACAACAGUUCUGUGUAGUGGCAAGGUUAGGGGUUAUUGUUUUCCCUGUUUCAGAUUGGAGAAAUGGGUUCAGAAGGACACAUGACUUGAAUUGUGGGUCCAAGUUUUCUGACUGAAAGUCUAGUUCUCAUUCCUGGGAUUUAAUAGGCCUUGAGCUAAUUUUUGGACAGCCCUUUUGGUUCUUGGGCGAGUCAGGCUUUUACCUAUCCAAACUAUAUCUCUAUAUAUCUUACCUAUAUCGUCUAUAUCUAUCUAUGUUUAACCAGUGCCUUUACUAUUAUACAUGUCUUUUUAUACCUAUCUUUUCACUAGAAGGUACUCCCCGCCAUCACUUCUAGAAGGGGCCACAAAUGACCAAACAGAUGGAGGUUAAUUAGGAAAAAGGUAAUAGUACACUUCUGACUCAAGACCUGAAAUUGCAGCUGGGCACUUAAAACCAGAACAGAAGUGAUUAUCUUGAAAUUCCACAUUAGCUUGGGAUACAAUUAAUUUUUAAAUUGAUUUUAAAGAAAGUAAAUAAGAACUCUCAAUGCUCCCUUUUUAUUGCUUAUUUCACAUUCUGAUUUUCUAAACCUUCUUCUAUUUUUCCAUUCUGUUGAUCUAAGAGAAAACCAGUAGUAGGCAAUCAAAUAGUGUUUUAAGGAACUUUUGCCUACUCCAACCAUUGUUGGUUAAAAUGAAGUGCCUGAUUAUGGUGAGGAAAGAAGGUGUGGCUUUUUCUAUGCCCAAGUUUGUGCAUGGGUGAUACAAUGAAGCAAAUCAAUUAAAAAAGAGUGUAUACUCAUUGUUUGGGGGGCGGAGAAAGAGAGAAGGAGUAGUGGAUGAAUCAUUUUGGUGGUGGUGGUGGUGUGUGUGUAUGUGUGUGUGCGCGCGCACAAGUGUAUCUAUACUUUUUUGGCACACCCCCCUUUUUUUUAAUCUAAAUUGAGUCAAAUAUGCAUGUAGUUUGUAACAUGUUUCUUUCAUUCACGAACAUAUCCUGGACAUAGUUUGAUAAUAAUAAUUGCAUUGAAAGUUUGUAUCAUAAUUUAUUUAACCAGUACUCCAUUGUGCAUUUAGAAUGUUUCCGAUGUUUACUGUCUUUAUACAAGUCUGCAUAGUUGUAUGCAGUUAUCACUUAGGCUGAAUUUCUAAAAGUGAAAUUGUUGGAAUGAAAACCACUAUAUACAUUUUAUAUUUACUACAUAUUGUCAGAGAAAUGUCACACAAAGUUUAUACCAGCUUAUACUCACCAACAGAAAGCCUCAACACUACUGGACAUUGUUGAUAUCUUUAACUUUGAUUAAUCUGGUAGGUGAAAAAUGAUGUUUCAGUGUAUUGUUUGCAUUUCUCUAUUUUGCAGGUUGAUUAGUCAUUUGUAAUUCUGUCUUGGCGAAUUGCCUUUUUUCUCAGUACUUGGCUUGUUUGUCUUUUAUUGAUUUGAAAAAAUUCUUUGUAUCAAAAUAAUUUUCUUAACUGUCAUAUAUUUUGUAAACAAAUUUUCUAGUGUAUCAUUUCCCUUGGCCUGUUUGUAUCAUACAUUGCCACACAAAAACUUUAUAUUUGUAUUGUCAAAUUUAUCAGUCUUUUUCCUUAUGUAUUUUGCGUUUGGUGCCAUGCUUAGAAGUAUUUCCAAACUCAAUGUAAUAAAUAUAAUUCAUCAGUUUUAAAAAACUUUUAAAUAUUUAAUCCAUCUGAAAUUUAUUUUAGUAUAAUGAGUGACAUUGGGAGGAUUUUUUUUAAGUUAAAGUUUAUUGGGGUGACAAUUGUUAGUAAAGUUACAUAGGUUUCAGGUGUACAAUUGGGGGGGAUCUUUUUGUAUUGUUUAGCCAGUUGUCCUAUUAAUAUUCUUCGACUGUUAUUUUUCCCCCUAGUGAUUUGAAUCAUAUACUGAGUCAUAUACUAAAGUCUAUUUCUGAACUUUAUCUUUUGUUCUAUUGAUCUAUUUCUGUGCCAAUACCAAUUGCUAUAACUGUAGAAUAAGUUUUUUUAUACCAAGUAAAAGUAAGUUUCUACUUUUUUUCUGUUAAUUCUCAGAGUGUUCUCAGCUUUUAUUAUAUAUUCAUUAAUGUAUACAUAUUUAUUAUAAAUAAGCUAAAGAAUUAUUUGGUCAAGUUACCCCCAAAAUCUUAAUAUU